CGCCGCGGUGUCGCCAUACUAUAAAUAGCUCUCACGCCUACCCUUCCACCGUUGUGGCCCGACUAGUUCUUCCUCGCUCGUUGCUUCCCGACAUGAUGAUGAGUUCUCGGAACUCAGGAUCGACGGUUCUCCGUCACCUCGGCUUCCGCCUCUUCUCCUCCGCGGUCGCCACCAGAGUCACCGCUUCGGAGCCGGCUCACUCGUUGGUCCUCUCUAGGCCCUUCGUUCCCUCGGCGCCCGCGCGACCCCCGGCCUCCGUGCUGAUGCGUCUCUUCCCCGUUCGGAUGGCCAGCACUUCGGCGGCUCCGGCCCUCGGCGGAGAGCAGGAGGAACGCGAGGCGAAGUCGUCCGCUCCUGCCGCUCCGACGAGCGGGAGCAAGGCCGUCGCCAGCUACUGGGGCAUCAGGGGCUCCCAGAUCACCAAGGACGACGGCACCCCGUGGAGGUGGUCGUGCUUCAUGCCAUGGGAGACGUACGAGGCCGACUUGUCUAUUGAUCUGAAGAAACACCACGUUCCGAGGACGCUUCUUGACAAGAUUGCAUACUGGACGGUGAAAAGCCUCCGAUUCCCCACCGACAUCUUCUUCCAGAGGAGGUACGGCUGCCGCGCGAUGAUGCUGGAGACGGUGGCGGCGGUGCCUGGGAUGGUGGGCGGGAUGCUGCUCCACCUCCGAUCUCUCCGCCGUUUCGAGCCAAGCGGUGGCUGGAUCCGCGUGCUCCUGGAAGAGGCGGAGAACGAGCGGAUGCACCUGAUGACGUUCAUGGAGGUGGCGCAGCCUCGGUGGUACGAGCGCGCCCUGGUGUUCGCGGUGCAGGGCGUCUUCUUCAACGCCUACUUCGUGGCCUACCUCCUCUCCCCGAAGCUGGCCCACCGCAUGGUGGGCUACCUGGAGGAGGAGGCCAUCCACUCCUACACCGAGUACCUCAAGGACCUGGAGGCCGGCAAGAUCGAGAACGUCCCCGCCCCUGCCAUCGCCAUGGACUACUGGCGCCUCCCCGCCGACGCCACCUUGAAGGACGUGGUCAUGGUGGUCCGCGCCGACGAGGCCCACCACCGCGACGUCAACCACUUCGCUUCGGACAUCCAUUACCAGGGGAUGCAGCUGAAAGAUACACCUGCACCGCUCGGUUAUCACUGAAUUGCUGUUUGUCCUUAUCGAUGGUUUAUAAAUAGACUGGUGGAUGUGGUGGUGAGCUAUUUGUACCGUCUCAUCUUCUUGGAUGAGAUUUGUGAAUCUAUCUUCAUGUUUGAUAGAUGCCAGAAUAUACAUACGGUGACCAUCGUGCGUUA